AUGGUAACUUUCAGCCUUCCCGCUGGCGCGCUGACGCCGCCGCCCUCCGCCCUGCUCAAUGCGCCUCCCACCAACGGCUGGACCGCGGUCCCCGGCGCGCAUUCCCUCAGCAACAGCACCGACGCUGAUGAGGAUGCCGUCGACCAAGCAGCACGCAUUGAGACGCGCGUCAUUCAGGGCGACCCAGACCCCAGGAACGAACUUUUCCCUUACGCGGCAUACUUGCAGCUGGAGGCCGGCGAGUAUGUCGCCACCUGCUCCGGCUCCCUGGUGGCCCCCGACUGGGUCGUCAGCGCAGCGCACUGCCUCAUGCACGAGGGCACCCAGGCCGACCCCGGCCAGCUGGGCGUGUGGAUCAAGGGCAGGUGGCACAAUGUGGCGGCCGUGUUUGUGCACCAGGGCUUUGACGACAACCAGCCGCCAUUCAGCAGGCCCGGCUACGAUAUUGGCAUGUUGAAGUUGUCCCAGGCAUCUGAUGCGCCUACAGUGGCGCUGCCAGCAGCCAGCGGCCCGCCGCUUCCAGCCCCUGGCGAUACAGUGUAUGCGGCAGGCUUCGGCCUCGACGAUACGGGCUUGAACAGUGAAGUGCUGCGAUACACCGACCUGACGGCAUUCGACUCUGGGACAUGCCCCCAGUCCUUCUUGGACAAUUUCUGCGCUGGCGGCGUCACCGGCUUUACGUGCCAGGGCGAUUCGGGCGGACCCAUCGUGCUGCCCACCGCCACUGGCGAUGUGCUGGUGGGCCUGACCUCCUGGGGCUCACUCGACUGCACGGUUCCAUAUGCUUACUACACCAGGCUUACUGAUUAUGUGGACCAGAUGAACAUUUGGAUGAGCAGCGGCAAUGCUGGCUCCAGCAACAGCAAUGUCGGCACUCUCAACAUCAACCAGCUGGCCUCUGCCGUUCAGGCAUGGAUGGGCCAGCAGUUGGGGGGCGGCAACCGGUGA